ACCAGAAAUCAUGGUCAACAUCACUGCCACUAUACACCCAAGUAAUCUCCCAUGGCACCCCGAGGCGGUCCCUCUCUCCCGUGUCUCCUUGCAGGUCCAGGAGGUCUACCCUUUCCAUGACGGAUGGAAUGUGGCCUGCUUCAUCAUCCUUCUGCUCUUCAUCCUCACUGUGGUGUCUCUGGCUGCCUUGGCCGUGCUCUAUGAGCUACUGGACUGUGGGUGCUGUGCCAAAGGGAAGACACAUCACCAGCUACAGGAGGAGGGGCCGGGAAGCUGCGGCAAGCUCAUGUCCAGCAUUUGCAAAGAGCCGGAAUCCUGCACUGAGGUGGUAUAGGGGCAGC